AUGGCCUCUGAAAACACUUCCUGGUCUGCGGAGAACUUUUCAUGUUCCAUCUGCCUGGAUGUGUUCAGCAGUCCAGUUACCACGCCAUGUGGACACAACUUCUGCAGAACCUGUAUUACUACGUUUUGGGAUGAACAAGUCCAGCACAAAUGUCCUGUUUGCAAUGACCUUUUCAACGCAAGACCUGAUUUACGGGUCAAUAUCCUCUUAUCAGAGAUGAUUGAUCGGUUUGGAACUUCUGUACGAGUAAAAGAGCAGCCUUGUGUUGGACCAGCAGAAGUUCCCUGUGACGUCUGUACUGGGACCCAGCUGAAGGCUUUGAAGUCCUGCCUAGAGUGUUUCAUGUCUUUCUGUCGAACCCACCUGGAGCCACAUCAGAGAGUCGCAGUCCUGAAGAAACAUCGGCUGGUCGAGCCUAUGGACCGUCUGGAUGACAGGAUGUGUAAGAAACACGACCGACUUCUGGAGCUCUUCUGCCAGACUGAACAGGUGUGUGUGUGUCAGUUCUGCACAGAGAAAGACCACUGGUCCCAUCCUGUUGUACCUUUAAAGGAGGAAUAUGAAGUGAAGAUGGCCCAGCUGGGAAAGAUGGAGGCUGAAGUUCAGCAGAUGAUCCAGGAGAGACAAAAAAAUAUUCAGGAGAUUAAAGACACAGCUAAACGCAACCAAGCCAAUGCAGACAGAGAGAUUGCCGAUGGUCUGCAGGUCCUCACCGCUCUGAUGCGCUCCAUUGAAAAGUGCCAGGAGGACCUUAACCAAAUGGUUAAUGAGAGACUGAAAUCCACAACGAAACAAGCUGUAGGCCACAUCAGAGAGCUGGAGCAGGAGGUAGAAGCUCUGACCAAUAGAAGCUCAGAGAUGAAGCAGCUCUCACACACUAAAGACCACCUCCACUUCCUCCAGGCCUUCAGAUCCCUGAAGAAUCCUCCACCCGCCAGGGACUGGACAACGGUGGAGGUCCGUCCUCCGUCAUACGUAGGGACCUUGAGGAGAUCCCUGGAUCAGCUGGAGGAGACACUGAACAUGGAAAUGAAGAAGCUGUGUGAUGCUGAACUGAAGAGGGCCCAGCAGUAUGAAGUAGAUGUGACUCUGGAUCCCGAUACAGCUCAUCCCAGUCUCAUCCUGUCUAAUGAUGGGAAACAAGUACAUGAUGGAGGUGUAGGGAAGAAACUCCAAGACAACCCGAAGAGAUUUACAAAGUAUGUAUAUGUUCUCACGAGGCAGAACUUCUCUUCAUGGAUAUUUUACUUUGAGGUCCAGGUCAAAGACAAGACUGCAUGGCGUUUGGGAGUGGCCAGAGAGUCCAUCGACAGAAAAGGUCUGAUCAUAGUGAGCCCUGAGAAGGGUUACUGGACACUUUACUACGACGAGGAUGGGAUGGUGUUUAAUGGUAACACUGCUUUCCGUCUUCCUCUGAGAGCUGAGCUCCAGAAGGUGGGGGUGUUUGUUGAUUAUGAUGAGGGUCUGGUCUCCUUCUAUGAUGUGGAAGCCAGGGUUCAUAUCUACUCUGCUACUGGCUGUAACUUUAGAGAGCCUCUCUAUCCAUUCCUCUGUCCAUGUGAUCAUGAGGGUGGUACAAACUCUGCCCCCCUGAUCAUCUCACCUGUCCAGUAAAACAGACCUAAGAGCUUUGUUUGAUAAUAAAAUAAUCAAACAACCAAAACAACUAAUGUUGUUCCCUGAAUUAGAAUCUCUACUAUCUGAGAUCUGAGUGAACUGCAUUAUUGUUGUAAGAAAAUAACUCUGACUAUUAUAAAAUAUAACCCAUUGUAAAUUAUUACA